CCAUCAGAGCUUGGGCUGUUGCACAAGCUGGAAAAAUUCUCGGUGGAUGGAAACAUGUUAACAGGAACCAUACCAGAGGAACUGGGGGAUGCCACCGAUUUGAAUUUCCUAGUGUUCAUUCUCAACUCAUUAACUGGGAAUAUCCCAGAAUCUAUUUGGCAUCUCCCCUUGGAUACUCUUGCUUUGGGGCAGAAUCAACUCUCAGGAACCCUUCCUACGGAAAUUGGGUUGCUGAGCAAUCUCACCUAUCUGUCUCUUUCUUACAAUGGCUUCUCAGGAGAGAUACCAUCACAGAUUGGCUUGUUGACUGAUGUCAUCAAUGUGAAUCUCUAUUUCUCUAGCUUCACCGGCACCAUCCCCACAGAGAUUGGUCAGCUCUCUUCUGCUGAUUAUCUUGGUUUUUCUUCUUGUGCCUUCACUGGAACUAUUCCCACUGAAGUGGGCCUCCUAACGGACUUGAGCCUCUUGUGGAUGGAUGGAAACAGCCUCACGGGAUCAAUUCCGAGUGAAAUUGGUCAAAAUAUUCACAUGGAAGGUUUGUCUCUUGGAACUUCCGACCUAACUGGGACACUGCCAUCUGGGUUGGCGAAUGCCCCAUUGACCAUGCUAUUUCUGGAAAACUCUCUUCUGUCUGGCUCUCUCCCUGAAGGGCUCAGUCCAGAUCUUAUAUAUUUGUCACUGUCAAACAGCACAUUCCUGACUGGCACAAUCCCCCAAAACCUGACAAGCUUGGAUUUCGUGUAUGUGGAUGGGACUGAGUUGUCAGGAAUACUUCCAGAGUAUCUCUGUGGAAUUACGGAUCUUGUCUUUGACUGCAGCCCUUUGUUAUGUGGAUGCAGUUGUCUUUGUGCCAAUGAAACCAACAGCUCUGCAGCCUCCAUGAUAGUGGGUGCGAACAACGAAACACUGUGA